UCGGCUUGCAGACCUUGCUCGUGUUUGGAUUAAAUUGGCCGCCCGAAAGACGCGCCACAGCAGCGUGGGGAGGAAGAGCGAGAAGAAGUAGCCGUGGCAGCAGCAGCAGCAAUAGUUACAGUAGUAAUAUCAAGACGAGGAGGAGGAGGAGGAGGAAGAAGAAGCAAGGCGAAAGCGGAGUGCCCGUGGCCGUAACGGGCGGGAAGGCGGGCUUGGGCGGCGGCGGCGGCGCUGCUCGGGGGACUGAAGGGGAGCCAGAAUGAGCAGGCUUUGAAAGUUCUUCAUCUGGAAUUUCAGGUUGGAGAUACUCGCAGUGGCUUCUAAGCCAGUGACCAAAGCUGUCAAAGCAUGCUGGUGCCAAGCUGUCAGAUGAUGCACAUAGCCAGGCCAACAGUAGUACUCCUGUGCUUCCUACUUUGUGCAGAUGCUGAAACACCACCAAAGUUUGCAAGAACACCUGUUGACCAGACAGGGGUCUCUGGAGGAGUCGCAUCAUUCAUCUGCCAAGCUACAGGAGACCCAAGGCCUAAAAUUGUCUGGAACAAGAAGGGCAAAAAAGUCAGCAAUCAGAGAUUUGAGGUAAUAGAGUUUGAUGAUGGGUCUGGAUCAGUUCUCAGAAUACAACCACUGCGGACUCCACGAGAUGAAGCUAUUUAUGAAUGUGUUGCUUCCAACAGUGUUGGAGAAAUAAGUGUAUCCACAAAACUUACUGUAUUGCGUG